ACUGUAAUGUACAAUACAUGCAGUACACAUCUGGUACCUUACGAUAUACGAAGGACUGUAUCCUUACUCAAACCUCACUCACUCAAGUCUCAAGCUCAUCUUUGAAGCCACGUGGUUUUCGCAGUCGUUCCCGUCUUUCGACAGACAGCUUACAUUGAUGCGGAAAUACAAACGCAUCGGAUAAGACUCGGCCAAUAUUUUCGUUUGGCUACCGAGUCACCAGCCUAUACUUCAUAACAUCCCAAGAACAGAACAUCAACUCUCAGACACUGAGCCCUUGUUGCCUCUCAACUUCAACCACUCGACCGCCAACUCACUUAACCGACAGCCCGGAAUAGGAGGGAUAGAAGGAGGAAAACAAUGACGGAUUCCACACGCUGGAAAUCUACCGUCUACAUAGGCGGGCUCGCCCCGGCCGUGACCGUGACCACGCUACAAGAGGCCUUCAUCCCAUUUGGCGAGAUUGCCGACGUGUCGUUGCCCAAGAAUGAGAACCCCAACACCGCUGCGGCCGAGCCGCACCGGGGCUUUGCUUACGUCGAGUUCGAGGAUCCUGACGACGCCAAGGAGGCCAUCGACAACAUGGACCAGGCCGAGCUAUUUGGGCGUGUCAUCAAAGUGUCGGCGGCUAAGCCGCCCAAGAGCGCGAUCCAGGGUCUGGGGAGCAAGACGGCCGUUUGGGAACAGGAGGGUUGGCUUGCCGAGCAUGCGGUGAGCGAAGAGGACAGGUUAGCGGCAGAGCAAGCUCAGAAUGCAAGACCGGAUGAUCCCAUGCAGGGACUUGAGGGUCUUGAUGUUGCAGGGCCUAAACCGGAAUGAAGGUUAUCUACAUGCUGAAGGAGCAAGGAGUUAGGGAGAGCACGCCAAGAGUGCGCGAAUGGCCUGGCCCUACUCGUGAUAUCACGGGAAGCAACGGGCCAGGAAACUUUGCAUAGCCACGGCGUUUGUGGGAAGCUUCUGUUAGUCAUGGAAAAUGCAUGUUUGUUCACACGUCUUGGACACUGAAAACACCGAGGGUAUUCAGACCCUGGCCCCGUCCACCCCGCUCGAUGUUCCGUUCAUAUACAAGUCUACCGCCAGUCAAGUCUAAACCCCC